AUGCCACAGGCCUCUUCUACGGAGGCUCCGGCGCUGACUCCCCAGUUCUGCUUCGAUGAAAGGCUCCUCCAAGAUUUUCUCCGCCUUUCCCGAUCUACUAUUGAUGACUCAAUUGCUCAAAACCUCAAUGCGCUAGUGACGCCCGCUCAGAGGGGGUUCGAUCCGGCGUCCACGGCUAGACGGCAGACCGACUCUGGAGCUCCGAAAGCAAUCGAUCCGAACGCAUGCCGGGGCUUUAAGGAUAAUGUACUUUUCCCAUCAUGGCAGACUCGCUCAGAUGUGUUGAGCUACUGUGCCGGUGUUGCAACAAGUCCCGAUCCCGAGGAUCCGGACCUGAUUUUACGAGAAACCGAAUCAGCCCGAGACCGAGAACGGGUGGUUAAUGAGCGAUUGGACCCCUACUCCGCUCGCUUCUUCCCCGAGAAGCUCGAACUGAGUCUCUGGCCAACUUGA